ACAGACCGCUGCCGCCGAAUUUAAAGAGACAGGCGAUAGUUAUUUUAAAUACGAUAAACGGCAACCAUUGUCCCUUAGCUUAUUUCCCGACGCUUCUUGCCUCGGCUUGUUUCCUUCGAUGGUGAUGUUUAAUCAAAGUCGCAGCGAGUAGCAGCUUGUCUGUCAUCACCCUCCACUCCGCUGGAUUGUCCGUCCUUUUCUUUGCGCUGUGCCGAGACUGUCCAGCUAGGCAAAGUAGGGUUUGCUUGCUGGCAGGCUGGCUUCCCGACCGAGGGGAAGGUUUGUCGGCUAGCCAACAACUGGAGGUAACACCGAAAAGCUUCCCUCUCAAGUUGUGGUAGUGGCUCUCCGAAGCCUCCUCCUGUCGCCGGGAUAAUGGCGAAGAUUCAGGCGCACAGCACCGCGAAGCAAAUAAACCAAAUUCAAGACAAGCCUUACGUUAUAACACAAAAGCAAGUGCAGCAGCAGCACUUCCAGAAGCUGAAGGUUGAAGAUGCCUUGUCAUAUCUGGACCAAGUCAAAAUUCGUUUUGCAAAUGAUCCCGGCAUAUACAACAAGUUUCUCGACAUCAUGAAAGAGUUCAAAUCACAGAGCAUCGACACACCGGGGGUGAUAAACCGCGUGUCGCAGCUCUUCCACGGACACCCGGACCUAGUCUUGGGCUUCAAUGCCUUCCUGCCCCCGGGGUAUCGGAUAGAAGUCCCCAAGAAUGGAGUGGCUUUCCUUCAAUCUCCGUUCUCCACACAGGUCUCCCCAGGCCAGCAGGGGAAGAGUGUCUCCACCUCCGCAGUGACCGCCCCCUCAGGUAGUGCCUCUGCCACUAGCGUCGACGCUGGACCUGCUCAGACCAGCGAAGUCAAGACGGCCCCAUCAGAGUCCCUAUCCUCCUCGACCCCCGCGGGACCCCCGGAGCCCCCCAGCAGGCUCUCUCUGCCUCUGGCGAGCAGAGAAAGCCAGAAUCAGGCGACCACCUCGUCUGUAUCCCCGCCUGCCUCGGAGACGAGCCCCGUAGAGUUCGACAGUGCCAUCAGCUACGUAAACAAGAUUAAAAACCGCUUCCUGGAUCACCCGGAGAUCUACAGAGCCUUCCUGGAGAUUCUUCACACGUAUCAGAAGGAGCAGCUGGAGGUGAAGGAGAGUCGGGGCAGCCGAGGCAGCAGUGGGAUGACAGAAGAUGAAGUUUUUUCUAAAGUUGCCAGUCUUUUCAAGGGGCAAGAAGAUCUGCUGGCGGAGUUUGGGCAAUUCUUACCCGAUGCCAAGAGAUCGUUGUUCACAGGGAGCUCCCUCACGGGAGGCAAAGAGCAGCUCAAGAGGCCGGACGAUGACGACACGAUAACCAAACAGAACAAGAAGCGUCCCCGGCCCAUCCUACUGCAGCACAUGUCCCCACUGCUCAAGAAAAAAAUGAAGUAUUCCUGUACCAAAGAUCAGUCCUUUGCUUCUGUUGGCAAACAUGGAGUCUUAAGAGAAUUCUCCUUCUUUGAUAAGGUUCGUCGCCUGUUUAAAAGCCAGGAGGUGUACGAGAACUUCCUGCGCUGCAUCGCCUUGUUCAACCAGGAAGUAGUUUCUGGAGCGGAGCUGCUACAGCUCGUCACUCCUUUCCUGGGGAAGUUUCCUGAACUGUACACACAGUUCAAGUCAUUUCUGGGGGACAAAGAGCUCUCUCAUGCUGUGUCAGGGCUGUCGGAUCGCUACAUGGAGGGGGGAGGGGGCCGCGAGGUGGAUUAUGCCUCCUGCAAGCGCCUGGGGUCCAGCUACCGAGCACUGCCCAAGACCUACCAGCAGCCGAAAUGCAGCGGACGCACUGCCUUAUGCAAGGAGGUGUUGAACGACACCUGGGUGUCAUUUCCCUCUUGGUCAGAGGACUCCACCUUCGUCAGCUCGAAGAAGACUCCUUACGAGGAGCAGCUGCAUCGCUGCGAGGAUGAAAGGUUUGAGUUGGAUGUGGUUCUGGAGACGAACCUGGCCACCAUCAGGGUGCUAGAGAGCGUCCAGAAAAAGCUCUCUCGUCUUUCCCCGGAGGACCAGGACCGGUUCAGAUUAGACGACUGCCUUGGCGGCACCUCUGAGGUCAUCCAGCGCCGAGCUGUGUAUCGUAUCUAUGGUGACAAAGCCCCCGAGAUCAUCGAGGGACUAAAGAAGAAUCCUGCUACCGCUGUGCCUGUGGUGCUCAAGAGGUUGAAAGCCAAGGAGGAGGAGUGGAGAGAGGCCCAGCAGGGCUUCAAUAAGAUCUGGAGGGAGCAGUACGAGAAGGCUUACCUGAAGUCCCUCGACCACCAAGGAGUCAACUUCAAGCAGAAUGACAUGAAGGCGCUGCGGUCGAAGAGUCUCCUCAACGAGAUCGAGAGCGUCUACGACGAGCGUCAGGAGCAGAGCACAGAAGAGGGCGGAGUCGGCCUGCAGAGCCGUAACGGCUCGGGCGCAGCCUCGACCAGCGAGCCUCACAUGGUGUUUACGUACGAGGACAAACAGAUCCUGGAGGACGCCGCCUCGCUCAUCAUCUACCAUGUCAAACGUCAGCCCACCAUCCACAAAGACGACAAGGACCACAUCAAGCGAAUCAUCCAGCACUUUGUCCCCGACCUGUACUUCUCCCGCCGCGGCGAGCUCAGUGACACUGAAGACUGGACAGACGAGGAGGUUGAGCCGGAGGAGGGGGGAGAGAGAGGAGUAGGAAUAGGAUUGGGAGCUAUAGCAGCAGCAGCAGCAGCAGCAGCUGCAGCUGCAGGAGCUGGAGGAGGAGGACAAGGCGCAGGAGGAGGACAAGGCGCAGGAGGAGGAAAUGGGAAUUCUAAUAAUGCAUCAGGAGCAGCAGCAGGAGCAGCAGCCCCUGGUAGUCAGCCUCCACCCCAGCCUGCCCAAUCACAGCCACAGCCCCAACCACAGCCCCAACCACAGCAGCAGCUCAACGGCGAGUCCAGGCGGAGGCGCUGCAGCCCUUCCCAACCUGCAGACACCGAGGCCUCCACCACCUCCAGUAGCACGAGCCAGCCUGCAGGGACCGCCUCCUCCACCCCGGGAUCUACGCCCAUGGAGAUGGGCUCAGGUGUACCCGGGGAGAAGGUGGACCUGCGCGACCCCGAAGCAGAGCACCAGAAGGAGAUGGACGGCGUCUACAACCUUUUCUUCGUCAACAACAACUGGUAUUUCUUCUUGCGGCUGCACCAGACGCUGUGUUCGCGGCUGCUCCGGGUUUACCGACAGGCAGAGCGGCAGCUGCUGGAGCACCGAGCCGAGCAGAGCAGGGAGAGGCUGCUGAUGGCCGAGGGGAGGAGAGAAAAGGCAUGUGACCUCGCCAUGGAGCUCCGCCUCAAACAGCCCAGCGAGGUGGAGUUAGAGGAGUACUACCCAGCCUUCCUGGAUAUGGUGCGCAGCCUGCUGGAUGGAAACCUGGACUCCACGCAGUACGAAGACACGCUGAGAGAGAUGUUCACCAUCCACGCUUAUAUCGGCUUCACCAUCGACAAGGUCAUCCACAACAUCAUUCGGCAGCUGCAGCACAUGGUGAGCGACGAGGUGUGUCUGCAGGUGGUCGACGUGUACCUGGCUGAGAGGAAGAGGGGGGCCGCGGGGGGGAACCUGUCCUCGCAGUGUGUCAGAGCCGCCUGGGAGACCAGCUACCAGUGGAAAGCUGAGCGCGUCAUGGCCGAGGAGAACUGCUUCAAGCUCAUGUUUCUCCAAAACACGGGUCACGUGACCAUGACCAUCGAGCUGCUGGACACCGAGGAGGCCCAGGCUGACGACCCGUUAGACGUGCAGUGCCUGUCGAGCUACAUGGAGCAGUUUGUAGGAACAGAGUCCAGCCUGUGUUCUCAGGAGGGAUACUUCUUCAAACCCGUGUUCCUGCCCAGGAACCUGCGUCGUUUCCGGCGCUGGCAGGUGCGGCAGGUGGAGGCGAUGCGCUGCAGGAGAGAGUGGCACCGCCAGCUGGGCGUGGAGAACGCCGGGAGUCUGGACUGUCGAUUUAAACUCAACACUCACAAGAUGGUGUUCGUCAUGAACUCUGAGGACUACAUGUACCGCAGAGGAGCGCUGGUCAAGUCCAGGAAGUCGCAGCACAGAGUGGCAGCGAGCCAGCACGACCGCUUCGACAAGUGGCACCAGGGCUGGCUGGCCGACCACGUGACGGCGUCGGCCGACCGCUCGGUGCAGAACUGGCUCCUGGGCGAGGAGGCGGAGGACAUGAUCCCCUGCAAGACCACCUGCCUGUCCACUAAGGUGAAGGGGCAAGCUGUGAACAGAUACCACGUUCAUUACAGCGGUAGCAAAGCCCCAGCCUCCCCGUAGAGAUGGACACACACACACACACACACACACACACACACACACAUACACACACACACACACACACAGGUAAAUGCAUGGACGUACAGGACAUUCAUACACUAAACACGGACAGCUGCAGUCCCACUUCUCCACCUUCCUCCACAGCACUCGUUCACUCUCACUGAUGGAUGAAGAAGCAGCGCAGACUCUGGACUGUUUCCCGCGGUGGACAGUGAGUCAGUGAAUGAGUGCGGCGUGAGAGGAGCGACGGCGUGGAGGACAAACGGGACCAACACAGACAGUGAAGUAAUCAACGAGAGUGAACUCGGCCCUGGUUUGACGGGACGAGUCGGCACAAACGGAGAUCAUCAUCAUCAUCAUCAUCGUCAUCUUCUUCCUCGCUUCUCUGGUGGCACUAAACGUUGAUGGACACGGAGACGGUUGAUCAGGCGAGAAGUUAUGAAAUCAUGAAAUUUGUUUCAGAAAUGUGAAUGUCUGUUUCUUUCUCUUUUUUUUUUAAGUGUAGUUUUUAGCUUCUAAAGCCAGAGAGCCUUCUGCGUGUUGGUUGGUUGGUUUCUGCGUGUUUCUAUGGAGAGAUAAUGGUAAACGUGUGUAUGUAUGUGUAUCCUGCUCUCUUCACUCUGUCUGUUUGUAAGCCCAGUACAGGCUCUACAACUCUAGUAAUGCAUUAUUACUGUACUGUAUGUGCAUAUAUAUAUAUAUAACAGGGACCCUGUAUUUUUAUAUAUGCAUCUACACGAGUUGAUUGAUACAUCUUAAGAUCACGUGGUUCUUUACAGUGUUUGCUGUCAGCCAACUCUUGAUGUUUUGCAUUUUGUUUUUCCCUUUUUUGUGUUGUAGCUAAACAAGUUAUCACCAAGGCAACAAGGAGUCCUUAAAAAUGAAUUGGUUUAAUAUGGACGAAGCAGUCAGAUUAUGUAUCAUGUUCAUGAUACUAAAUGUUUACUUUGUAUUGUCUUUUUUUUGCAUACUGACAUUGAAAAUAAAAGCAAAAUAUCAGUGUUAAAAUAGAAUGUAUAACAUUUAUCCUGUAUCAGUUAUCAUAAAAUAAACAACAUAGUUGUGACCUUCUUA